GGGAGACGUCAUUGCAGGGUUGUUUGUGCAGCCUCGGCGGCGGCGGUGACCCUCAGUGAUUCGGCCGCCGCGCCGGGGGGUGGGGGGGCUGCGCGGGACUCUUUUCUUUCAGACUGACCGCGGGGCAGCUGGGGAGCAUGUCGACUCCGGCCCGGAGGAGGCUCAUGCGGGAUUUCAAGCGGUUGCAAGAGGACCCACCUGUGGGUGUCAGUGGUGCACCAUCUGAAAACAACAUUAUGCAGUGGAAUGCAGUUAUAUUUGGACCAGAAGGGACACCCUUUGAAGAUGGUACUUUUAAACUAGUAAUAGAAUUUUCUGAAGAGUAUCCAAAUAAACCACCAACUGUUAGGUUUUUAUCCAAAAUGUUUCAUCCAAAUGUGUAUGCUGAUGGUAGCAUAUGUUUAGAUAUCCUUCAGAAUCGAUGGAGUCCAACAUAUGAUGUAUCUUCUAUCUUAACAUCAAUUCAGUCUCUGCUGGAUGAACCAAAUCCAAACAGUCCAGCCAAUAGCCAGGCAGCACAGCUUUAUCAGGAAAACAAACGAGAAUAUGAGAAAAGAGUUUCGGCCAUUGUUGAACAAAGCUGGAAUGAUUCAUAAUAGACAACUGGUGAUGUAUUCUUGUUACCCCUGCCGCCUCAGCUGGUCCUGUCUGUGGGCAAGGCUUCAGGCCCACCUCCCUCCCUGACAAGACCACAUACGCGAAGGACUCUGCCCCUAAUGCUGACAUUGUGAGAAAAACUAAACCAAAAUGAGAAAGGCAGCCAACAUACUGCCACCCUUGGACAUGAAAGUCCUAACUUGGAAGGAACAGAGUAAACUUUGGGGAAGAAACAGAACCUCGUCGGGCUUUUCACUUAAAUAAAUGAAUAAAUAGGCUCUUUUACUUGCUUGUUCUUUACUUUAAUGAAAAGCAAGCCCAGAGAGAUUCUUUUUCUUCCCCAAGGAAUAUGAAUGAAAAAUAUAUAUGUAAAAUAAAGUUUUUAAAUAUAUUGUUAUAGAUGUAAUACAUAUUUUAUAUUUAUUUUCUAUAUAUAGAAAUACAUAUAUAAUCUCCAUGAGGGCAAAUUUUUUAGUGCACAUUCAGUAUUCAUUAAAGGAAGCAAUUUCCAUAUGACCACAAUCUGCUUGAGUUCUAAAACCCUUGCCUCUUAAGAUUUGUGUUUAGUCUUACUCCUACAGAACCAAAAGGUGUCCCUUAACUAGUCAAGGAUAAGAGCCAUGACUAGAUGACAUGAUACCUAGACUACAGUCCUCAGAUUCCAGAAGUUGAAUCUCCAGACAAAAAGGUACCCAGCAGAGAUUUGAGCUGAGCAACAGAGAAACACCAAGUUACCUGACAUUUAGAAUAAUAUAAAUUUCAUUUCAGAUGUGACAAUGUGUAUUUUCAGUGCCCUUUACUACAAACAGCAAUGCCUCAGAGGAUGGGCAGUGAUAAUGAAUCCUCCCCAGUGCCCAUAGAAUAGGUAAGCCUCAGGUCCGCAUGUAUCUUGGAAAAUCCUUGCCUCCACAAUGGUAGACAAUUCAUCAGGUGGGCUAUAAACUCUAUAAAGAAUACUGUAAAAAGCAAUUUUCUGGUUAAUAUAAAAGGGUAUCACAGUUAACUGAGCACCCUAAACUAUACUGUUAGUACUUGCUCCUCAGAGUCUUAAGACUAAAGUCAUUAACAGAAAGGAUGCUCUGUAAUUGUUACUUGAGGGUAACAGUUUACCGUGUCCCCUCCUAUGAUCUCAUGUGAUUCUUACACCGUGCUGGACAGCACUGCAUAUAUCAAAGCCAGUAUCUUGCAGUGAGCUCCAGCGUCAGCAUAAGAGUGGGCCAUUUUGCCUACACUACAAGGACUGCUGCAAUGCAAAAAUUUAGAUUUCUAUGCCACUUUUUAUUCUAAAAAAACAAAGGAUGAAACUUUAAAAUACUGCUUAAUUUUAUAGAUGAGAUAGCUACAAAAUUUUUAAAAAGAUGAGAAGAAAGACAGCUUACGCUGAGGAAAUGUUGAGAAAACCCAUUAGAAAAUGGUUAUCAGAAAAUCUGCUUUUGAUUAACUAGAGACACUGAAGAAGAAUGGGGGAGGGGAACAUGCAGUGAGCACACAAUUUAAGCUUGCUUUAUGCAAUGGAUACAUUCCUGACAGGAUACUAUUAUUUUAAUAGGGCACUGUAUCUUAGAAAAUAGGAUCUGUGAUGAGAAACCUGUGAAAGAUGCAUUUUAAAAGUGAACAGCCCCACUCUGAUAUUUCUCAACUUGUAAGUUUGGUUUUUAAGCCUCACAAAUCUGUGUAGGUAACCAGAAUAGAAAGAGGCUAGGCCACAUUCGAGGAAGAGGCUGAGGCUCACUGAGCACUGGCUUAUCACUGCAAUAUCUUCAUCUUUUGUCUUUCGCCGCAGUUCUUCUGUAUUUCUAUGACCUCCAUUUCCCAGGUAAGGCUAGGGAGACAAGUGGCUUGCCUGAUUAAAUCAGAGAUCCUGACCUCACUUGGCCUACCCUAGUGAUCUGCUACCAAUUAGAGCCAGAAGCUGCAGAGAUGCGGCCCAUCCAAGGUGUGAUACUUGUCCUUAGGCUUGAGCAGUGGGUGAGAGGCAUCUCACUUGUCUUUUCUUAGGCAUCAUGCUCCCACAGCCAGCUCUCCUCUUCAACAUUCCUGUUUUUUUAGUUACGUGGGUUUACCGGUAUGUUCAGCUAAGACAGUGUCCACUGUCUUAUUCACCAUUAUCCCAAAUACCAAGCCCAGUGAUGAGUGAAUUCUGCUGUGACUGUUAUAUUGCUGACCCCAAAUGAAGUCCCUCUCUCAGUAUUUAUGCCUGGAGGUAAGUUCUUAAUGGUGGGUAUUAAGUAAAUAGAGGGCUUCUGGCUAGCUCAGCUGGUAGUGCAUGCAACUCUUGAUCUCAAGGUUGUUUAAGUUUGAGCCCCAAAUUAGGUGAAGCGAUUACUUAAACAUGAAAUC